CGGCGGCGGCGGGGCCCGGGGCUCACAAAGGGGCCGGGGCCGUGCCCAUGGCCGAGCCGGGCGGCGGCGGCGGCGGCGGCGGCGGCGGGGGGGGAGGCGGCGGCGGUGGAAGCGGAGGAGGCGGCACCGCGGCUCCGGACAUCGACCCCGACUUCGAGCCGCAGAGCCGGCCGCGCUCCUGCACCUGGCCGCUGCCCCGGCCCGAGCUGCCGGGCCCUGAGGAGGCCGCGGGCGGAGCGGGGGCGGCGGCGGCGGCCUCGGGGGCGGCCUCGGGGCCCGGGCGGGCCGAGGGGGCGCGGGGGGCGGGCGGGGCGGCGGCGGCGGCGGCCUCACGGAAGGGCGGCUCCCGGCGCAACGCCUGGGGCAAUCAGUCGUACGCCGAGCUGAUCAGCCAGGCCAUCGAGAGCGCCCCCGAGAAGCGGCUGACGCUGGCGCAGAUCUACGAGUGGAUGGUGCGCUCCGUGCCCUACUUCAAGGACAAGGGCGACAGCAACAGCUCGGCCGGCUGGAAGAACUCCAUUAGGCACAACCUGUCCCUGCACAGCAAGUUCAUCAAAGUUCAUAAUGAAGCCACUGGGAAGAGUUCUUGGUGGAUGCUCAAUCCCGAAGGCGGUAAAAGUGGAAAAGCACCGAGAAGAAGAGCUGCCUCCAUGGACAACAGCAGCAAGCUCGCAAAAGUCAGAGGUAAAGCAUCCAAAAAGAAGCCCUCUCUCCAGUCCGCUCCAGAAGCCACUGCUGACAGCCCUGGCUCCCAGUUCCCGAAGUGGCCGGGGAGCCCGUCCUCGAGAAGCAACGAGGACUCUGAUGUGUGGAACACCUUCCGGCCUCGAACCAGUUCCAAUGCAAGCACCAUUAGUGCCAGGCUUUCUCCGAUCGUGACUGAUCAGGAUGACCUCCACGACGAAGAGCUUCUCCCGUCUAUGGUGUACUCCAGUGCAUCCAGCAACGUUCCACCAACCGUGACUGAGGAGCUUGAGCUCAUCGAUGGGUUAAAUCUGAUGUCUCCCAGCUCAUCUGUGCUAUCCACCCAGCAAUCUGCCUCCGGUGGUCAGAUCCAAAGAGAGUCCAGCUUUUCCUUGCGGAGCCCCAACGCGGCUGGGCAGAGCACUACUUUUGGCAAUUCCCUCUUUAACCCUGUUGAUAUUUCACUGCAAAGUUCUGUUGGCCAUUUCUCCGGCCCUCAGACCUUGGAAGCUCUUCUGACACCCAGCUCCCCGCCUCCGAGGGAUGUUCUGAUGACUCAGGUGGAUCCAGUUCUCCCACAGACUGGUAGCAGGAUGAGCAGCCGAACUCUUCUGCUCCUGGGUGGACAAGCCACCCAGAGUAAGAUGAGCUCGGGCAAUCCACGAGGAAAGCCUGCGGAGCAGCAGGCAGAACCAGUUGGUGCCAGUGUUUUGCCAUCGACGCUUCCCAUAGCAGCAUCUCCUCAAAACGCUGGCAGCAUCAACAGUUUGAAGGCUCCAGUUUCUGCAGGGGCUGCCCAGUCAGUCCAGCUGGGCAGUCCACCACUGCUUGCUUCAGCUAGCCCUGCUCCCCUGGGCUUGAACCAGGACAGGCUGCCCAUUGACCUGGACAUUGACAUGUACAUGGAGAACCUUGAAUGUGAUAUGGAUUACAUAAUCAACAGCGAACUCAUGGAUGGAGAAGGACUGGACUUUAAUUUUGAACCUGUUCUGUCUACUCCCAGCUAUCCCAGCACCUCGCAGGCCUCCAACCAUACCUGGGUACCAAGUUAACUUCAGGAGCACAAAAAGUGUCCUUCAGGUUUUGAACAUCGGGUUCUGACUUCGCUUCCCACCCCUGGCAGAGAAAAGAACGGAGCAUGUUGGAUUCAGUUUCCCUGCACGCCACACCUUGGGCAGAAGGGGCUGCCCACCUGGGAAGAAAGGGCAGCCUGCAUCUGGCUGCAACAGGAAGAGUUUAAAAAUAAUCCUGUUACGUGCCACGUCUCUUCCUACAAACCUGACCCUGCCUUGGAUCUUCUGGGGAAACCCUGGGCUGUACAGGUCCAAAGAGGAGCCCUGGUAGAAGCCUUGGCCAGAAGCCUCUGGGCUGGGCGAUGUUUUCCCACGUGAAGAGUUGGGUUUGCUGGAGGAGCAUCCCGAUGGCCAUCCUCUCUCUGCUCUGGCAGAAAGUCUCCCAGUGCCUCGGACUGGCGGAGGGCCCGCUCUGCUGGCUCGCCCUCCGGGACGGAGUAGUUGGACGUUUCCAUUCAGCCACCAGAUGUGCACUUGGUAUCCCGCAGACUCGCAGAGGAAUUGGAAGGAGCGUGCCGGUGGAAACCCUGCUGGGAAGAGGGCGUGCUGCUCCGGGGGUCGGCCUCGGUGUUUGCAGCCUGCCCCUGGUUGUCCUGCAGGGAAGGGUGGUGGUGGCGGUGCAGAAGGCUUCCUCUCGUUCAUCCAAGUGGAACGGGGGGGGACGUUGAGUUUUUCCCUGUGCCAACUAAGCCCCGUUGAGUGAGAAGCACGUUUAGAGAAGUCCCUAUGCUGUUCUCAGCACAUUCCCAAUACACCAGGCUGCUGUGAAAUAGGCACAGGUGCUAAUAGCUGUUUCUGGGACACAAAACCAUCAGCUGGGGUUUGUUUCUGAUCUCCCUUGCUACAGCAGAGGAAAGGAGAGCCUGGGUGUGGCCUUAACAGAGCCCUGGUUGCUUUUCAGAAGGGCAUUUUCUAUAGAUGAAAUAUUUUUUUACUAAUCCGGGAACUUUCUACAGCGAACAUGAAGCCAAUGUUGAGUGUGUCCCCUUUUAGGCGUAUUGGGCAUCUCUCCCUCCGCGGAGGUACCAGUGACAGACUUCUUUUUCAGAGCUGCAUUAGGAACAAACACGUUUGCUGUUUGGUAAUGUGUGCGAUCGGGGGGAAAGAAUUGGCAAAUCCCCGCAGUUUCAGCCACCUUGGGGAAGGGUUGUACAUUAUUGUAAUCUAUAUGUAAAAGUAGCUGCAAAUUACAUAGAAGCUUUUCUAAACCUUUUUAAAUAUAUAUUAUAUAUAUUUUAAUUGAAAAUGAGAUUAUUGGAUAAAAAAAAACAAACCACACUUGCUGCAUCUGUCCCCUUGAUACCAGAUAACACUACAGCGUGGGAGGGACAGGCCGAGGGCGUUUUGGGCCAAGAAGCUGAAAACGUUCAAAAAAGUGGGCAGGGCACGAGGGUAGGGAACGCUCACCAUUAACAGCACGCUGCUUCUCAGCUAAUCCCUUAAGUGGUAGGGCCGUAGCUGAUGCACCAGGAGAUUCCCUGCUCUGCUGAGGGGAUGGCGUGGGCUGGAUCACGUUGGAUCUGCUGACGCCCUGGGUAGCCCUCAGGGAGGGCACUCGGCUGUAUUUGGUAGCUGCCUUUUUGGUUUCCGUGGGGUUUUGUUGCUGAAGUUGCUGCUGCUGGGGGACUUGGGGCCCGUAGGCAUCCCCCUGGGGAUGUGUGUCGUGUUCUGCCCCGGCUUUGUUCUUGCGAGACAGAAGCUGGGAGUCAGGAGAUUAGCUGAGAGCAUUAGCUGGCGUGUUCCUGUCACCAUAUUGGCGUUCGCAGGGGUAGGAGCUGUGGGAGAUGCGGUGCUUUUCCCAUGUUCCAGUAAUCUUGGUCUGGCAGAAAGCCUCCCAAAUCCUUCCUGAAGGCGGUGGUGGCUUCUGCUGAGGCUCCUAUCGCGCAGUGCAAUUAGCCGUGUUCUCUUACCACCUUGUCUGCUCUGUUCUCCUGGGUUUCAUUUCGUUUUCAUUUGAGUAGAGAUUGGAACAGGAGCGGUUUGUCUGGCUACCUGCGACGAGGAGCCUUCAGCAGCCUUAUCGUCAGCGUGCCCUGCCAGGAGAGCCCUCGAGCAAUUUGAUAACCUUGGCUUUGAAGGCUGCCUUCGUGGCAGCCCUCGCGGUGAGACGUUCAACGCUUCCCCACCAUCUGCAUGUCUGGCCACACCUCACCGCCACCAAAACAAAACCAAAAAAUUAAAAAGUUGAAGACCUGGCAUCCCAGCCCAUGCUCUGCCGGCUCGAAGCAGGGAUGUGCGUGCUCACUGUGAUUAGUUCGUUACACUAAUUGACAGGUAGCCCUUCCACGCACCCCUUGUGCUGCACAUGGCACGCACUGCACGCAAGGAUCAGCAGUGAUGCUGAUUCAGCUCACAGAUGUGGCAGGACUUGUGCUUUUUGGCACAUCGUGUGCCACUCUGUUUGCUCGGACCCUGAGGGGGGAUGAGUCCCAGGAGCUCCAGAGCAAGCUGAGAGGCUGCCCGGGCUUCGCAAGCACAACCGGCGUGCUGGCUGCAAGUGCAAGCAGGUUGGUUACGCUGCUUCCCAGCUCAGUACCAAAGGACAGGAUCCCAGCACGCAUGGAGCUGCUAAAUGCGACCCUAACGCCUUUAGCAUGGAAACGGAGCCCUACAGCUUGUGCAGGAGCCGCUGCCCCCGCAGCACUCCAGGAGCUGAAGGUGCUGGAGAGCGCACGAGUGGCGAGGAUGGUGCUGGGAAGACCACUGGUGCUCCAGGAGAGCUCAGCGAACAGUGAACGGGACGUUGUGGGACAACAAAUGGGACGUUGUGGGCUCAGGCAGCCUCACUCCUCGUUUGGGUGACAGGAGGGUUUGGAUGGCAGGCGCGGAGGGCAGGGAUGCAGAGGAGUUGGGAGUUCUCCAACCCCUUCUCGGGUAACUUCCUCUUUGUAAGCCUUGACCUUUCGGAGCCUGGGACGUUUCCUCAAGUGACACAAGAGACUUUCAAGUUCUUGAACUGCUGCUUGCUGAAAGGAUGGACCUGGGAGGGGGCUUCCCCGCUACUUACCCUGGUUUUUGUGUUCUUUCCCAAAGCGUUUGCUGCUGGGUUCGGCGUAGUGUCUCGGUGGGUCUUUGUUCUGAGUCAGCAGCAGCAGGCCCUGUGCUUACGGGUACUUUUUUCUGUAAUGAGGGGUUGGGCUGGGGUUUAGAGAGCAGCUCUGAGCAUGGUGGGGAGCGGUGCUCCUGGACAAGUGCCUGAGAGGGGUGGGCAGGGGACUGUUGGCUCGAGGCCUUAGGCUGUGCUGCGUGCGCUUUCCUUGCCCUCGCUGAGCUUGGUACCAAGUUCCUUCACCUCCGGGGGAUCAAACGUGGUGUGAGGCCACCUCACAGCUCUGGGUGCUGAAGGAUUCUGCUCACAGCUGCCCGUGGAGCCUGGUAGGAGGCAGGCUUGUUGCUUUUAUUUACUCCUGGCUUUAGCUAAUGGCUUGAGCCUUUACAACUUGAGCGUAUUUUACUACUACCAGCUUCCUGGAAAAGCUUGGGAUGUUGGAAGUUUCUCGGAGCCCUUAAUUUUUGUAGCUGGUGUGUCUGAAAAGUGUGGCAUCCCCUACCCUGUGCUGCUUUAAAAACUGCGGCUGAAUCGUUCUGGGGAGAGGAAUAAAAGCAGUGGGAGCGUUCCAGAGCCUGUGUGUACCCAUCAGCGAGGCUCACACUAGAAGCAAGUAGCACUAAUCAACUUUUUCCAAAGGAAAUGCCUAGAAAGCUUUUAUAUAGUUCAUGAUUUGUUCAUUUUCUUACUUAGUUGCUUAUUUAUAGCCACACUCAAAUGCUCCAGGGCUAGCCUUGCUCCAGGAAUGAGAAACCUGUCUGGUGCCGCGGGUAGGAGUGCCUUGGGAGUGGUGUCCUGGGCUGUCACCGAGGUAAUGUGCAAGUAUGGACCCAUUAGCAGCAACAAAAAAAUCGGUUUGGGGAUGUGAGCGUGAACAGGGAUGGCUUUGGCUUCAGGGUUUGCCUCAGCUGCAUGCCUAAUGAGAAACUUGUUGUAAUUAACGUGGGGAAAAGCAAAUGAGGUGACUCCAGAUGCCUGAAAGAUCUGUCCGUGUGAAAGCUCAGGAGCAUGCGAUAACACAGCACUACAGUUUGUAACCCUCAAGGAAGGGAUCCCCUCUUCUCAUUAGCCUUUGCAUCACACCAGGAUGUGUCUGUAGAGGAUGGAAAACUCGCCGAUGGAAUCAGAUCUCCAGCUGGCAUCGCGGCAGAGCAGGGAGGAGAGGCGGUGGGAGAGCUGCAGGUUGGGUGGAUGAAGGGUUGGGUUCUCCGGGUGUGUGCUCGGAGGGGGUGGCUGCAGCUGGUGCCCUGGUGCUGCCCUUCGGGGCUCUGUUUGUGCCGCGUGGGUGCCGGGUGACUGCUCCCAAAAGGAGCCCUCAGCAGGCACCGGGGGCUCUGUGGAAGUGUUCCCAGCACCGUGGGGGCUUUGCCUGGGGUGACCACGGGAGGGCUUUCUGCAGCGCUAGCACAUCGCCUGCUGCGUUUGGGGCAGGCACCUCCAGCUGCUGCAGCUUCCACCCCGUCCCCUCUGCACUUUCACCCCUUUCUCACAAGGAUUUUUUUUUUUAACAUAAUCUCUGCUUUUGUUUGCUCUCUGUAGCAGUGUAACUUCUGAACCAUUACAGGCUCUUUGUUACCAUCUGUGCUAGCAAGACUGUAGAAUGUGCUAGACUAGGGGGGAACGUUUGACAAAUAAAAACCUGUAAUCCUC